AUGGUAGACGCAGUGAGCAAGUUUGGAAUCCCGAAAAAAAUUGUGGAUAUUCGACACGCGAUCACUCAUCAGAAUCUUCCCGAUAUCUCACAAUUGAGAUAUGCAACGAAUUUUGGACUGAAUUGGUUAUGGAACAAUUUCUGGCAACACGACGCUCGUAUCGCGAUGAGCAGUGAGAUCUCAUCAAAAGGCUCUCCAUCUGAAUUCUCGAAUCAACGAGGUCGUGAACAACAGAAUCUCCAAUCGAUCCGUGCCUAUUCCACGUGGCGACAGAAGAACACGAAUCUGAAUACAGAACUAGAAUUGAGUGAAGUCGAUGAGAUAUUCGCUAUCAAAAAGAACAUUCUGAUGGAUGUGACCAUAUUUUUGAAUUGUUUCGUAAAGGAUGGCAACUUGAUUCAAACGCCUGGACAGUGGAAAAAUUGGAAGUUGCCGCCAACGAAUUCGGAUGAGAAAUGGCAGAUUCCGGAGGCGAUUCAAAUGUUCUGGGAGCCAAUUUUACAUUUGGUCUUCAGUCUGAAAAUCAGCUCUGAUAUCAUUAUAGCGUUCUUGUGGAGACUUCGAGAGCAGAAGAUUCAAAAAUCGUCGAAAGAUCAAGUCAUGUCUUGGGUUCGAAUGCUCGUCAUGCAUUUUUCUGACCAAGAUGUGAUGACUGCUGAUGAUUGGUCCAGAAUACUGGAUCAUUUGCUGCCUGUCGCCAAACAUUUCAAUACGGAAUUCAUUGAUGUUGUGAUGAGAAACUGCCCGAAUCUCUCCCGAAAACGACGCCUUCAAGUCCAUCGAAUUCUGGAUAUCUCAUUUGACAAACCCGGCACGUCAACGCCUUCAAAAAGUGCUUCUUCAGAAGUGAAUAAUUCCACAACGACGCCUUCUAGAAAUGGAGGAAUUCACACUGUCAACGAUCUUCAACAACUUCUGAAGUCUCGUACGAAGAGCAGCACGUCUUCUGAAGUGUCGGCGGCUUCGCAGAGAAACGAAGCGACGGGGAUUGAGUUGUGUGAUGCUGAGGAUUGGGUUGAUGUUCCGUUUGGAAUGGCCCCCGGUCAGCGUGUCGAGACCUUCACCGUAGUCGUCGACGAAUCAUCCGACAAUAGCCGAAAGAGAAAAGCCUUCGACGCGGCGAUAAUCCUGGAUGACGAAGACUAG